UUGUGCGGUCAUCUCAAGGUCAGGUCAGAAGGACGCUGAGAGCGACGACGGGGAAAGUGCGUCGGCACUGAUUUGUCGGCAUUCCCCUCCUUAUGAGCUUAGCUCGACUCUGUCACGCUCAUCUCAGGCGCCGCCUCCUCAUGCAAUCAUCCCUCGCGCAGAAGGCCACUGUAAACGCUGCUGCCGGUUCCUCUGCUUCUUCCUCCCUCAAACGCCCCUACGCGCACGCAGCCCAGGCAGACGAGUCUGCUCCAAAGCACCGUCGCACCUCCGCCCCCAAAGACUCCGCCAGCAAAAAGCACAUGCCUCCCUCCAACUCCCACUACGACAGGUCCUUUGGCGGCUACAACGCACGCCAUCGCCGAGGAGGAGGAGGUGGUGGAGGCGGCGGUGGGGGCCGUCGGGGGCAGCGGGGACCGCAGCAGAACAUCCAGAGCUGGCCCGUGUACAACCGCGAGUACAUCGAGAAGCAUCACAAGACGAGGGACCUCCCUCCCAAGUACUACGACAACCCCAAAAGUCAUCUUGGCAAUCGCUUCAAGAACUUGCGCUACGAGACGAUCGAAUGGGUGCCCGCGGACAGCCCGAACACCAAGCUUUUCAGAUCUCGCGUAGCACUGCCCACCGAGCAUGAAAUUGUUGGUGUCGGCGACGCCCCGACAAAGCUUGAGUCUCACAAUAAUGCGGCGCUGUGUGCCGCAUAUCAGGCUGACGGUCUUGGGGAGCUUUUCGUGGAGGAUAUCACUCAGAUCACACUUUCCGACGGAAGCGUUGUCGAUGUCGAGAAGGCGCGCAGCUUCAUCGACUACUACUGCCGCCGCUACAACUUCGACAAGCCCGAGAUCGUCGAGGAGCAAGGCACGAAGGGCGGCAUGGUGUGCUGGGAUGCCAUGAUGCUCAUCAACGGUAGCAAAGUCGGCAUAGGCCAUGGCACCAACCGGAAGGCAGCCACCAUCGCUUGCUACCUCGACGUCACCGCAUAUCUCGAGAAGUGCGAUCCCGAGCUCUGGAAAACCUACGUGCAGGCGGCGAAGACGGGCGCUGACCUCGGCUUAGCACCCAAGGUCUACUUCACCAUGAGCAACGCACUCGACAACGACCUGCGCGAUUUGUGUCAUGACAUCAAGAAGAGCAAUUUGUACCGUAAUCGACCUUCCGUCGCUGCCGUCACCGCGCCCGCUGCACCCCCCGCUUGGUCCGCGUCGCGCACAGCAUCAGAUGCGACCAUACAGUCCAAGAGCAAGCUCUUGUCGGAGAGACGACAAGCCUAUCUCGAGAACCCCAAGCUCGACAAGAUGCGCAAGACCCGCGCAGCGCUGCCCGUCUACACGAAGGCGGAGGACCUCAUCAAGCACAUCGAAGAGAACGACGUAACUAUCUGUAUGGCUGCCACUGGUUCCGGAAAGACGACGCAAAUCCCUCAACUCAUCCUCGACCAUCACAUCGACAAGGGCGAGGGCGCACGCUGCAACAUCAUCUGUACGCAGCCACGUCGUCUUGCCGCUAUCAGCGUCGCCGACCGUGUCGCGAAGGAGCGCGGCGAGACUGUCGGUCAAUCUGUCGGAUACACCGUCCGCUUCGAGUCUCGUGCACCUGAACCCAACGGCUCCAUCACUUUCUGCACCAUCGGUGUAUUUCUGAAGAAGUUGCAGUCGGGGCUGGUGGGGAACUCGGCGGGCUCGGAGUGGUUGGACACCGUGCAGUACAUCAUCGUUGAUGAAGUGCACGAGCGCGACGUCGACACGGAUCUCAUGCUCGUCGUGCUCAAGCGCAUCCUCGCUGACCGUCGCGCUCGCGGCAAGCCCAUGAAGGUCAUCCUCAUGAGCGCAACCAUCGACCCGACGCUCUUCCAGACGUACCUCCCCGAUCAGACAGGACAGCCAGCGAAGGUCAUUGAGAUCCCCGGACGCUCCUUCCCCGUGCAGCAGACUUUCAUCGACGAGUUCGGACCCAAGCUCGCGAGUGAUCCGCGCCUACGCUGGGUAUUCCAGGAUGACCAGGUGCAGAAGUUCCUUGUGCACGAAUUUGGUCCGGAUCGCGCUCGCGCAAUGUUCAGCGUGUCGUUGAACAAGCCGUCUAACAUCAAGGAGGACGACUUGGACGUGCCAAUACCAGUUGUAUGCGCGACCAUACAACACGUACUGGAGAAGUCGGAUGACGGUCACGUCCUUGUCUUCCUCCCUGGUUGGGACGAGAUCCAGAGCGUCACCCGGAUGCUGACCAACCCUCGCAACGGCUCCUGGCGCUUACCUUUUGGCAACUCGAGCAAGUACACCAUCCACGCACUACACUCCAGUGUUCCCUUGGCCGAGCAACAGGUCAUCUUCGAGCCGCCCCCAGAGGGCGUGCGUCGCAUCAUCCUCUCUACCAACAUUGCCGAAACUUCCGUCACCAUCCCCGAUGUCGUCUACGUCGUCGACAGUGGCCGGCAUAGGGAAAACCGUUAUGAUCCUGAUCGCCACAUGAGCCGCCUGGUCAAUGCCUGGGUCGGUCUCUCCAACCUGAACCAACGAGCUGGUCGUGCAGGUCGCCACCGUCCCGGAGAAUACUACGGUAUUCUCAGCGAGGCGCACAAGAGCAGACUCGCGACCCACCAGACCGUCGAGAUGAAGCGUGUUGACCUGUCGAACGUCGUCAUGCACAUCAAGGCUCUCCACUUCCCUGAUAUGACGACGGAAGAGGUGCUGGAGCGCACUAUCGAGCCGCCUCCUGCGGAUCGGGUUGCUGCCGCUAUGGACGACCUUCGUCUAGUUGGCGCACUCGAUGAGAAGAAGGACCUAACGGCGCUCGGUCGUGUACUUCUGCAGAUCCCUUGCGACGUCCAAAUAGGUCGGCUCCUGCUGUACGGCAGCUUCUUCCGUUGCCUAGACCAGGCCCUCACCCUCGCUGCCAUCAUGUCCAAUCGCGAUCCGUUCGUCGCCCCCAUGCAUCUGAAGGAGGAAGCACGGCAGGCCAAGGACAGCUGGGCUGAUCGCGAGUUCCGCUCGGAUGUGCUCGCCGCUCUCAAGGCUUACAACGCCUGGUGGGACAUCCAGAAGAACGGCGAGUACGUGCGCGCCAACAGGUUCUGCGUCGACAACUUCCUAUCGAAACCCACCUUGGUGCAGAUGCAGAAAGAGAAGACGCAUCUGUACGACUCCAUGAGGCGCGCAGGUGUCCUCGAUGUUUCCGCGGGUGGUUCGGCCUCGUUCACUCGCCACGGCGAUGUUCCCUCGGAGCUGAAUGUGAACGGUGGCUCAAUGCCGCUAUUGACGGCUCUGAUCACACUAGCCUGUCAGCCAAAGUACGCGCUCCGCAUCAAGGACAAGAUCUACCGCACAGCUAUGGAGAAGAACGUCCUGAUGCACCCGUCCAGCGUCAACGAUCGUAAGAGGUUGACGGACCAUGAGACCCACGAGCGCAUGCUCUACGCUUUCAUCGAGAAGCGUAUGGGUACCGGAGGGAACCAGAUGUCCAUCGUCAACACCACUCGCAUCGACCUCCUGACAUACAUCCUCUUCGGCGCCAGCAAGACGGAGCUUACGCCUCGCGGCCUCGAGUGUGAUGGAUGGCUUCCCAUCGUUGGCAAUCUUGAUGCACUCGAAGACACCCAACGACUGAAGGAGCUCUUCAUGGGUUGUAUGUUGAGGGUGUAUCAGGGCAUCCUCAUGCGUCGCCGGGUGAACCGCAAGCUCAUUGCUAAGCAAGAGGCUGCGCGGCACUACGAUGACAUCGACCGCGAGUCUGACGAUGAUGACGAGGACGAGGACGCGGACAAGAACUACGCGUUGACGCCGCUGGAGGUGCAGGAGUUGGAUCUUCUCACCCGCGAUGUCGUGCGUCUCCUCAACGACUUCGCGGGCGAGCGUAUCGGGGUGCAGUCCGUACCGAACUCCGUACCUGGUACUCCGGCAAUGUCCCCUCGCAGCUUUGGUGGUCGUAGACCUCUGCCAGGAGAGACACGAUCAGGGUACGCAACCCCCAACUCCUUCUCGCGGCCCAGCACGCCGAGUCGCUUGUCACGCAGACUGUUCUAGGAUGGGUAGACUCACUAGUAGAAUAGCCUUUUGUUACUUUAGUACUUACCGCAUAGCACUAGCACCCCACUUCGUCUUCUCCUUGCAACCACUCGCGGACUGCAUACGUCCGUUUACUCUACUCCAUAGUCACUAAUUCGGGUAAAAUCAAAAUAGCACGGGUUUCUGUUCCCCGAACGCAUCUCGUAACGCGC